UAUAAGGUAUUUAUCUUACCCAUCGCAAAGCAACAGUCCAAUAAUUUAAGAUCAGGAAGCCCGAUCGUUUCUAAUCCUAGAAUCCCAAUCUCUGUCUCUCUCCCUCUCCUUAUUGCAAUAACCUAACCUCGUGUCGUGAUCCGGGCACUGGAAUUAGGGUUUGCGCUUUCUGUGAUCCAUAAUCAAGAAUCGAAAGGAGAGAGAGAGAGAUGGACGACUGUUGUGCCGUUUGUGCUGAGCCUUUGGAAUGGGUUGCGUACGGACCCUGCUUGCACCGGGAGGUGUGUUCCACGUGCGUCGCUCGUCUCCGUUUCAUCUGCGACGAUCGCCUUUGCUGCAUCUGCAAGACCGAAUGCAACCUUGUUUUCGCCACCAAGGCUCUAGGUGAUUAUACAAGGAUGAUCAAUGAUUUUUCGACCCUUCCUUCAGAGGUGAGGGAGGGCAAGGUUGGAUCAUAUUGGUACCAUGAGGAUACAAAUACAUUUUUUGAUGAUAUGGACCAUUACAGGAUGAUCAAGGCUAUGUGCAGACUUUCGUGCAGUGUAUGUGACAAGAUUGAGGAUCAACCACAGGAUGCUGCAUCAAGGCGGCGAGCGAAGUUUAGGAAUAUAGGGCAGUUGAAGGGUCAUUUAUUCCACCGUCACAAGUUGCAUAUGUGCAAUUUGUGUUUAGAAGGAAGGAAGGUUUUUAUAUGUGAGCAAAAACUAUAUACCAAAGCACAGUUGAAUCAACACAUAAUCUCAGGUGAUUCUGAGGUGGAUGGAAGUGAGAGUGAGAGAGGCGGUUUCAUGGGGCAUCCCAUGUGUGAAUUCUGUAGAACCCCAUUUUAUGGAGACAAUGAAUUAUACAUGCAUAUGUCUACAGAACAUUAUACUUGUCAUAUAUGCCAAAGGCAGCAUCCAGGGCAGUAUGAGUACUAUAAGAAUUAUGAUGACCUAGAGAUCCACUUCCGUCAAGAGCACUUCUUAUGUGAAGAUGAGGCUUGCCUUACUAAGAAGUUUGUUGUUUUUCAAUCUGAAGCAGAGAUGAAGAGGCAUAAUGCUAUUGAACAUGGAGGGCGGAUGUCACGGUCCAAGCGUAAUGCUGCUCUUCAGAUACCAACUAGCUUCCGAUACAGACAUGGUAAUGAACAUGAGCAACGCCGUGGAAGAGGUCGUACGUUUCGUCGUGAUACUGAAAAUCAACUUUCUAUGGCCAUUGAAGCUAGUUUGGAAACAGCUAAUGCAGAGCGAACAUUUCGUGAUCAAUCGACAUCAAGUAUUGGGCAAAUUGCUGUUGAUGAUGGGAAUGAUGAUAUUGAUUCUCUCAUUCAGCCAUUUGAAUCAUUAGCUGCUGGAGGUUCUGAAUCAUCUGCAAGAUACCUUCAAGCCUUGGGGCAUAGCUCUAGAAAUGGGCCUCUGGAAGAUUCUUCCUUUCCACCUCUACCCAUAACUUCCAGCAAUGGCCAGCAAAGGUCCAAACAUGAACUGGAAGGUUCAUCUAGUAACACUAUGGCUGCACGUCUGCGUCGGCAUGGCAACAGAACUGUAUCCGUUGUCAAUUCUGGUAAUGCUUGGCCAGCAGCAGGCCGUGGACUGGUACAAACAUCAAGUAAUCCUUCACAAUCUAAACCGUCAACAAAUAAUGUUCUUGGACUGUCUCGUAACACUGGGCAGAUGAAAACAGUAAUUAACAGUGGACCUUCAUCAUCAACUUAUGCAGGUUCUAUUCAGGCUACACAAAGAACUACUCACGGACAAUUACCUGCUGGUUCAUCGAGGAACACACGCGACAAUGUCAGAAUUGUUCACUCUGCAUCUGCUCCAAAUCUCAUGGAGAACAACUCUGUUGAAAUUUCAAUUUCUGAUUUUCCUCCAGUUUCUGCUGCACAAGUGAGUAAGUUACCUGCCAGCAGCCAGUCUAAAUUAAACGUGGAAAAUUUUCAAUCUGCUAACAAGUCUUUGGUUGAAAAGAUUCGUGGUGCUCUUGAUUUUGAUGAAGAAAGAUACAGUAUAUUUAAAGACAUAUCUGCCCAAUAUCGCCAAGGCACAAUAGAUACAGGUACAUAUGUGGACUAUGUGCAGCAGUUUGGCUUGUCUCAUCUUGUGCUUGAGUUGGCAAGACUAUGCCCGGAUACUCAGAAACAAAAAGAGCUUAUUGAGGCUCACAACGCUAGUUUGCAAAGAGAUGCUUUCCCAGAAAUUAACUUAGUUCGAGGCACUGCUAGCACCCAUCACAAAGACGGUAAUUUAAACAAGAAAGGUAAAGGUAAGUCUGUAGAUAGUAGGGGGAGUAACUCCACAGAGAAAUUAGCAGAUAGCUUUUUAAGCACUGUACAUCAGCUACAGGCAAAUUAUAAAUCUUCAGAAGAGAAAGUGGAGGUGCUAUCAAGGGGUGAUUACCGCACUGACAGGGGCAAAUUAAAAAUCAAGCAGCAGAUUGAUUCAAAUCCUGGUAGUCAACCUACAAUGAAGCUUGGUGGGCAGACUGAAACAUCAAAUGGCAGUUUAUCCGAUCAAAGUAAAGAGGAUGGGGGUGGUGGGAACAAGCAACGCAAGAAAACUUCAAAGUUCCUGAGAGUGCGCCUUGGUGAUGGUUCUGUUUCAUCCCUUCUUGAUCAAUCAGAUCCUGGAACAACAGACAGCUCAGAAGGUAACAAUGAUGACGUUGGAGGAGGGCCUCCUGUGCGAGGUGUUUGGCGAAAAGGGGGAGGUCAUAAACUUUUUCCCUAGUUUUGCUUCACCGUGACUUUGAAAACGUGAAGCAUCAAACGCAGUUGAACUUGCUGGCUAAAGCCAUGGUUGAACUGCAAUAUAAACAUGAAUUUGGUUUUCGGCUUAGGGAGUGGUAUUGGAUUAUAUCGGAUUUAAGUUAGAUUUAAAGUAUAUCAAGCUGGGAUGUGACUUUGACGUUUUGUUGAAGGCCAAACGCCAUUGCCUGAAUGGGCUUAUAUUUUAUUUUUGGUUUGGGGUAUACUUCGAUUUUGAUCAAAGACAGAGGUGUUCAUAUGCCAAGUGUACUGUUUGCUUUUUACGAAAGUGGCACUGUUUCUUACUUUGCGAUUUGCUGUCUCAUCUAUCUUCUGCAAUUGUAUUAGCUUCUGAGGCCAGGCUAGACACUUGUCGACUGGUCUAUGUCAGGUUUGUUUGGGUGUCCGGAAUGUUAAAAAGAAUCAGUAAUUAGUAAUAAUAUAAAUAAAACAAGGGUAUCUUUUA